UUCAGUCCUCAGAGAUAUUACUGUCUAGUACGCAUCGUAGUGUUUACUAUAUUGUGAAAAUAACAGAAAGGAAAUUAGUGAAAACAUUUGUUUUUCAUUUAAUUUACUGAUUUUUUAUAAUCGAUUAAAUGGUGCAUUAUUUUUAAUUUAGAUAGUGAAUACGAAUAUAUUUAAAAAAUACUUUUCGUUCGUAUAUUUAAAAAAUCCCUUUUCGUUCAUGUAAAUACAAACAAUUUCUUCGUGUUUUUUCUUUAUCAUUUUUAUAACUUUUACCGCCAAGAAAUAUAGAAAUGACAUGUGAACGAGUUUGAUUUAGUAGCAGUGUUGUGAUUCAACGGAUAUUAUCUGAAAGAGAAACUACCCUUAGAAGAGAAUGAUGGAAGAGAUAUCCACUGAAAAUGCUAAGGUGUCGGAUUCCGGAUAUUCUAAUACUUGUAGUAACAGUCAAUCACAACGGAGUAGUGGCAGCUCGAUUUCGAGAAACAGCAACCGCUCUGAAAGUAGUGGUUAUUGCGGUAGGCGUCCUUCAACAUUUGGAUCCAGCAAUGAAGCCCUACCACAGCCAAUCAGCAAAAGAAAGGAUAAAGAAUAUAAGAAGAAGAAGUCGAAGACGAUUUUGGCUGUUAACGUUGAGGCAGAUAUUAGCCUGAAAAAUGCCGGCACACCGCCAGAAGCCGUGUCUUAUAAUGUCGCCGUCCCAACGAAAUCUAUACUUGAAAAGAAACCAGAAGAUGUAACCACUGUAGAAUUGGUGGAUGCAACGGAUCCCGGCGAGCACAACGGCGAUACAGUGACAGAUGUGGAAGCAGGGCUUGCUUCUCGUACGAAUCCCCUGGAUGAUUCCAUCUCUCAGGCCAAUGAGGGGUUUUGCGCAGUGAUUUCAAUGCACGACGGCCUCGUAUUGUAUACGACUCCCUCGAUAUGCACAGCUCUAGGAUAUCUCAAGGAUGCAUGGAUUGGCCGUUCUUUCAUCGAUUACGUUCAUCCCAAGGAUAAGGCCACACUGGCUGAUCAGAUUAAAAACGGAAUAGUCUCGCCUCAAGAAGAAAGACCGAAAGGUAUUAACGGGAGAAGAGCAAGUCUGUUUUGCGGAUUGCGAAAGUACACAAGAUCUUUCGUUCAUCAAUCGAUCAACAAAGAGGCAAGAUCGAAUUUGUAUCUUCCGUUCCACUUGACUUUGUCAUUCAGAGAUUUUCGAGAUCGUACGACUGAACAGCAACACAAAGCAAUGUUCCUGGUGGUUACUGCUCAACCUGUUCACUCUGCAUAUAAAGCGCCAGAAGAAACAAUAAUAUCUUCGGUAUUCACCACCCGCCACAACGCAACGUGCUAUUUAUCCCAUGUUGAUCCCGACGUAGUCCAAUACUUUGGCUAUCUACCUCAGGAUAUGGUUGGCCGUUCGCUGUUUGACUUCUACCAUCCCGAGGAUCUGCCUUUCAUCAAAGACAUCUAUGAGACUGUUAUCAAGCUCGAAGGUGCCUCGUUCAGAUCGAAACCCUACAGGUUCGGGAUACAGAACGGAGACUACGUCGUCCUCGAAACAGAAUGGUCGUCCUUUAUCAAUCCCUGGACGAAAAAACUAGAAUUUGUCGUAGGUCAACACAGGAUAUUGAAAGGGCCAGCGAAUCCUGAUAUCUUUCGCGUAUCAUGUGCAACUGAGCACAGCCAAUUGACCAAUAUUAGCGAGGAAGUGCUAAAAGAGGCCAAGAUUAUACAAGAAGAGAUACGUACACUUCUCGACGAGAACAUCCAAAGAAAGUCAGAUAUUACCGAGCUCGACGUGUCAAAGAGAUGCAAGGACCUCGCGUCCUUCAUGGAAAAUCUGCUGCAAGAGACGAAAACACCCGGUUUUGGCAAAGAUGUGCUUGCUACCGACGAAAGGAGUUUUUCGGGAUCACGCAAUCCCUUGUUACAGGAGCACGACAGCGUGAUGCUUGGUGAGAUUUCGCCCCAUCAUGAGUACUACGACAGCAAAUCGUCAACCGAGACACCGCCAAGUUACAAUCAACUCAAUUACAACGAAAAUAUUGAAAGAUUCUUUAAGAGCAAACCACCAGUUGCCACUAUGUACGGCAGCGAUGAAGAGAUUAUUAAUUCCAGCAAUGAUGAGGCUGGAAAAACAAGUCCGAAUUCAGCGGUCAGGAAAUGCAUGUCACCGAUAAACGGAAGCGGCGCGAGCGGCAGCGGUAGUGCAGAAAAUCUUAGCAGUGGUUCGAAUAAUCAAACAAGUUCAGCAAGUAGAGAGAACACUUCAAAUACGACUAGUAUGGAAAGUUUUAAACCUCCAACAUUGACAGAGUCGUUGCUCAAUCGUCAUAAUGAGGAUAUGGAAAAGUUAAUGAUGCUGAAGCAUCGGGAACUUCGUUCUAGUAUUAAGGCAAAUGAUAAACUAAAAGAUUCUCGAAUAAAGACAACUGAGAAACUGUCGACGGAUCCAAAUACUCAUUUUCAAGUCAACCAAAGUCAUGGCAUUAAAAGAAGCGGAAGUCAUAGUUGGGAGGGAGACAGUUUUAAAGUUUCAAAACAUGAAGAAGUGUCAAGAACAAGUACCGCAGGCCAAUUCCCUACUAAUGUUGCAACAACAGUUACAAGCAUGAGCAUCGAUCAAUCUACCGUAAUUCAAACAGGUGCUAAUGUUAAUUUGUGGCAGCCUUUAUCAGUUUCUAUACCACCUCCUCCAUCUGCUCAAAAUGUACCACAAAACACAAAUUCACAAGCAAUACCUAGAAUACCAAUACUGCCAAUGAUACCAGUAUAUUGUGUCCCCGUUCCACAAGUAAACGAUUCUACAAUUUUAUCUCCUGUACGGGAGAAACUUAGCUCAUCUCAACCAAUGCAACCCCCUCAACAAAAUCCUUAUAUGUUCUUACCAGUUUCAUAUAUGUCGACAACAAUGGCUGGUGUCAUUUAUCCUCCAGUAAUAGGUACUCCAUCAACGGGCAUGAUGUACAAACCUUUUUUGAUUCCUGAACAAACAUCAAUUUCGCACGAAAAUAAUCAACCUACGAUGAAUAAAUGCUCUGAUCGAAAACGACCAGCUAGUCAAGCAACAAGUGUAAAGGCGGAACCAGGUAGCAUUAUGGCCAUGUCUGAAUCCUCAAAAAAAAUAUUAUCACCGGGUGAAUUGUUAUCUUCUUGUGUAAGUAAUGAUGGAGGUUGCUCGAGCUUAGUGGAUAUAUCAACUCCAGUGAAUAAAAAGAUCUAUAAACAGAACGAUUAUAUUGUGGACGAAUCGAGUUCGUCGAGCUUUUAUAGCAGUUUUCUAUACAAAAGUAGUGAAAGCAGUUGUAAUCCAGAUCAAAAACCAAUAGAAUAUUUACCGGAGGAUAGUAUGAAACAACAAUAUGGUAAACGAAGAAAAGAGCCACCAUGGCUUGAAGGUGUUCACGUAACUCCAGAAUUGAUAUACGAAUAUCAAAUACAUCCUAAAACUCUGAAUGAAGUACUUCAAGCUGAUAUGAAUGCCUUAAAAAAUUUUAAUCAACCAUUAUUGGUAAAUGACCAACUGGGUCAACUUUACUUAGAUUUAGAAGUCGAAGGUUUCGAAACAAAACUUGUUCUUGAAGAUGGAAUCACUUCUAGUGGUAGUGAUAGUGGUAGCAGCAAUGGAAGUUGGACGGCUGGCACAGUAUCGCAGCAAAAACAAAAAAGGAGAAUGGUGAAGUACGGUAAACUUGUAAUGAUUCACGAAGAAAAUGCGCCAUUGCCACCGGCGCUACCAUCUCAAGUUGUACCUUGCCAGCAAUUAUAGGAAAAACUUUGUAAUGACCAACUUAUAACUAAACACUGUUUUCAAGUUUGUUUCCAAUGGUAUCUUUUGAAUUUGAUUCUAAUAAUUAAGUUACGAUUAAUCGCUGCGUAGUUCAAAAGAUGUCAUUUAAAAUAUUUUAUUAAAUUUAUAUUUUGAGGCAGAUAAAAUUAUUUAUAAUACACAUUUUUUUUAACGUAUAUAUUACAAUAUUAGAAUUAUUAUCUAUUAUAUUUAUAUUUUUGAAAUACUUCAAUAACAUCAUUUAGAUUUUUCUGAAAUAGUUAGAUAUUUAUAUUAAGAUAUUU